CUUUUUCUUCUUCCUUCUCUCUCUCUCUCUCCCACUCUUUUCUAUUUUUUUUUUUCCUUUCUAUAUACAACAUGAGUAUUCGUUUCUCAUGCUUUAUUUUCAUAUGGUUAUUAUUCUCCACUGUUCAGGCUCAACAAGCUGACGAAUGUGCCCCUCAAUCUCUUGACGACUAUAGAAUGAAUUUAAGAGUGGGAUCUAUUUUUAUUGUCCUUAUCACCAGUGGUAUUGGUAAUAAAUAAAAUAAAUAAAAAAAAAUGUUGUCUAACUUGUAUAUCUUAUAAGGCACUUUCACACCUAUGAUUAUACAUCAUAUUCGACCUUAUGGUAAAGGUAGUGUACAAGAUUGGAUAUUGACUAUUGGCAAAUUUUUUGGUACAGGUGUAUUAUUAGCCACAGCUUUCGUUCAUUUAUUUCCUGAAGCAAUGUCAAACUUCGCUAGUCCUUGUCUUGAUGAAGGUUGGAAAGUAUAUGGUUCUUUUGCUGGUGUUUUUUGUAUGAUAUCUUCAUUUGCUCUUCAAUUAUUGGAAUUGGCUGCUGUCAGCAAUGUGGAUCGAUUGAUUAAUAAACAAAAAGGACAAACAAAUAGAAACUCGAAUGAUUGUGAACGUCAACAAUUCAGCAAGGUGAAUAAUAUCAAUGAAUGUACAACAAUACAACGAAUGGAUUCACUUGAUUCAGCAACAGGUACUAGUUCAGAAAAGAAUCAAGAACAACUUGAAAAUCAUCAUCAUUCUGGUCAUGUGCACAGUGCAGGUUUAUUGGAAACCGAAAAUGCAUUCAAAGAUAUCAACACAAUUAUAUUGGAACUUGGGAUUGUUAUGCAUUCUAUUAUUAUUGGCAUCACGUUGGCAAAUACUCAAUCUAGUCAAUUUGUAACACUUUUGAUUGCUUUGGUUUUUCAUCAGUUCUUUGAAGGUAUUGCUUUAGGAACUCGAGUCAAUGAAUUGGUACAUGUUGGAUGGAUGCGUCCUUUGAUCAUGGGACUUUUAUAUAUUAUCAUGACACCUAUCGGCAUUUCCAUUGGUAUUGGUAUUCAUUCUUCAUUCAAUCCCAAUUCACCUUCUAGUGUUUUGGCCAGUGCUAUUUUGGAUUCUUUAUCAGCCGGUAUUCUCUUGUAUAAUGCUUAUGUCUCUUUAAUGAGUACCGAAAUCAACCAGAAUGACGAUUUCAGAAGAUCCUCUUGGCAACGUAAAUUGGUUUCUUUUAUAUCGAUGUAUGUUGGUGCUGGUCUGAUGGCUUUGAUUGGAUUAUGGGCAUGAAAUCAUCCAUUUUUUUUUUUAAUGAUUGAUUUUUUUUUAUUUACAUUUUUGUAUUCAUACAUAUUAUUAUUAUCAUUUUAUCAUCUAUCGUCAUUCAUUCUCAUCAUCUUUAUCAAAAUAGUAUAGUUGCAUCUUUGUAUACCUCUUUCACUUUAUUUGUAUCAUUUCCUUCUUUCAUCUUUAUACACAUACUGUAUAUGUAUUCAUAUCUUGUAAAUUUAUAAAUAAAGUCAAAUGAUCUUAUACCAUCCAUUCAUUCUAUAUGUAUAUAAAUAAGUUUAUCACAAAAAAA